CUGUCAAGUGCCAGGCUGUAAGAGAAUAAUAAGCAAAUGCCUUCAACAAGGACAAGACCUAUCGAAAAGUUUGCCAAGGCCACGGCCAAAUGCUCUGCAGAGGCGGCUGCAUAUGGCAAAUGUGUUGUUGCUGACUAUAAUGCGGUACACAAAGACAUGUGUGCCAGAGAAUUUAUGAAGCUCAAAGACUGUUUUCUGGUAGAGUGA